AUAUCUUAAACCUGGAGUCAUUGGGGGGUAUGAAAGAGAAAUUCUCUACCAUACAUCUUUAAUUCAACACUGCCAUGGUUGGUUAUGCUUCAACCCCUUUUCUUUGAUCUUUGCACGUAUUCUGUGUGGCUUUUAAUCUUUUAAGCCGUUCAUAAUAGAAGGAAAUGAGAUACAGUUUCCUAUUUAUGCAUCCCAAUUGAACAGUAGAUUCAGAAAAUUGCAUCUAUUAGCUGCUGUGGUUAAGAUUGUCAAUGAACACCAAGAGGACUGAUUGCCAAGAGCUAGCAAGGCAGAGCCUUGGAUUCAACAGGAACUGCAACCUUCAACCUGCCAUGGAGGGAGUGCCACAACAGCUAAAUCACGGAUCAUCAUCAUCCAAUCCAAUUAUGAGCGGUUUCCAGACCCCAGCAUAUGCCUUUAAUGCAACUGAAAGACGCAUUCAAUUGGAUACUUCUUCUUUCUGCCCCCAACACAACAUUUACUCUUCCAUUGAAUCGAUUGCUCAAGAUGAACCCAACUAUGAUUUCAGAAAUACAUUGCAGUCCUUAGUAAAAUCACAAAUUUGUUUCGACCAAUACCAGAAAUCCUUUGAAAGAUCCUAUAAAUUUCCAGGCAGCAACGCUAAAACUCACUUUUCCUUUCCUUCCCGAGUAAAUCAGGAUCAAAGGGCUUAUUGUAAUAAAAGUAACAAAACACGAAUAAGGUGGACACAGGAUCUUCAUGAAAAGUUCGUGGAAUGUGUUAAACGUCUGGGAGGAUGUGAGAAGGCAACCCCAAAGACAAUUCUGAAACUGAUGGAUACUCAAGGUUUGACCAUCUUUCAUGUCAAAAGCCAUUUGCAGAAAUACCGUACUGCAAGAUACAUGCCAGAAUUUACACAAGAGGGAAGAACAAGCACAACUGAUUUAACUCAGAUUGAUGUCAAAACUGGUUUGCACCUGACGGAGGCAUUGCAACUUCAGUUAGAUGUCCAAAGGCGUCUUAACGAACAAUUAGAGUUUCAGCGAAAUUUACAGUUGAGAAUUGAAGAACAAGGAAGGCGACUAAAGAUGAUGAUUGAUGAGCAACAACAGAAGGCAAAUGAAAGUCUCCUAAAAAACCAAGGUGUGGACAUCAAACCCUAUGAACAUGAUCCAUCAUUUAGCGACCUUGAUUCCUCAAUUGCAGAAACUUCAGAAAAUGUGCUAACUUCCGGUCCAUGUUAGAGCCUCGAAAAGACUGUCAAAUCCAAUGCAAAGCCAUUCUUGGCAUGUCAACAAAGCACAACAACAAGACUGUCAAAACUAAAACAUAAUAAUAAUACAAAUGAGUUUCAACCAUGACUUCAACCACUCAAGACUAUGGACAACUGAAUGUGUGUUCAAUUAUUUACGUAAUAAAUACUUUGCCCUAGAACUCUUUUUUUUUUCUUUCCUUUAAUAGUUUGCCAGUAAUAAAGUUAAAUGAAGUUAGAAUUUUUUCUUUGAUAAACAAUUAAUAUAUUUUUUGUUCGAAGGAAAAUAAUAUUUAUAUUUUGUAUUGAUGUACUGUUAGUAUAUAAAUACAUAUCUAUUUAUUUUAAAGUUUUA